GAUAUUUACGUGCUUUCCAACAUAAGCUUUCAGCAGUGCAAACAAUACCUCAUUCACCUUUAAGGGUGACUGGAGGAGUCUCUUCUGUAUCUGUUUUCUAGGUGUUAGGAAAAGUUAGUAAAGCUGCAAUUCUCUCCUUUUGUCUGCAUAGUUAUGGCUUCCACAAUCCCUAGGGUUUCUUUCAAUCUCAGGGUUAAUGACGGUAAGCGAUGCCGCAUUCGAGUCGAAGAAGAGGAGAUCCAUCAGACCAAAAUGUCUUCAGAGGAGGAACCAACACCUGCGAUCCUCAGGAAUUUGUUCGAACUCAGCAUUGACAGUGGUAGUCAUAUCACCAUUGAAGUUGCAGACAAAGAGAGCCAUCCAACCAAAACAAAAAAGCAAGACCAAAGCAAAGAAGCACGGUCUCCAAUUCAGAAAGAAAAAUUAGAGCAUACCAUUGUUAACAAAGCAGAAGUGCCUUUUGAUUGUAGGGGCCCUAGGGUUUUCUUUGACAUCACGAUCGGUGGCGUCAAAGCAGGCCUGAUCGUAAUGGAGCUCUACUCCGACGUGGUUCCAAUGACCGUAGAGAAUUUCAGGGCCCUGUGCACCGGAGAAAAGGGUAAAGCCCCUAAUGGGAAGUCCCUCCAUUACAAGGGCUCCUCGUUCCAUACAGUCAUUCCAGGCCGGUUCUGCGUUGGUGGUGAUUGCACUGGUGGUGAAUCAAUCUAUGGUGGAAAGUUUAUUGACGAAAAUUUCAAGGAGAGGCACAAAGGCUUUGGGGUCCUAUUCAUGUCUAACGGAGGGGAGCGUGAUAACAAUUGCUCCAAGUUCGCUAUAAGCACGAACAGGGAUACCGGAUUGGAUGGAAAGUAUGUUGUGUUUGGUAGGGUGGUGGAAGGGCUGGAUGUGGUUCGGGCCAUCGAGAAUGUCGGCUCGCCUUAUGGCGAGGUCCUCAAGCCCGUUCUCAUCGCAGACUGCGGCCAGAUUUGAAGACGUAACCGGCCGUCAAGCGGUUGAAUUGGAACCCCACUGCAGUUCGACCACCUUAACAACCGAGCCAAGAGCUCCCCUCUCUGCUAUUAGGAUUUGUGGCUUCUGUUUUUCUCCUAGCGUAUAUUGCAGUAAACAUUAGAGCUGCAAAGGUUGUGUGGUUUUUCUUUCUUUCUCGAUGUAGAUUUUGAAUAAUUAGAAAGUAUUGCAACUCUCUUUGUAUUGGAAUGUAAAUUUAAAAAUAUUGCAAAUAUUUUGUUUUCGGGGGGUUUUAUGGAUUCCAGGGUUUAGCCA